GACAGACGGACGGACAGACGGACGCACCUGCACAGACGAACAGACUCUGAACAUGCUUCAGUACACAUCAGUGAGUCCAGACGACAUCCACCUGAAGACUGACCAUGGAAAGAAGACCGGUCGCUACGUACGGAAAGAAGGCAGCUGCAACGUGGUUUUCCGCCAUGUCCCCGCCGAAUGGCUGCUGUUCGUGACGGACAUCUUUACCACGCUGGUGGAGAUCCGCUGGAGGGUGAUGUUCCUCAUAUUCGCCCUGUCUUACAUCCUGUCCUGGCUCUUCUUUGGAAUCGUCUUCUGGGUCAUCGCUCUGGCCCACGGAGACGUCAAAGACCACGGUGACGAGCCAUGCGUCUACGAGGUCUACAGCUUCACUGCCGCUUUCCUGUUCUCGCUGGAAACCCAGACCACCAUCGGCUACGGUUUCAGAGGCAUGUCCGAGAACUGCAUGAUCGCCAUCGUCGCCGUCACCGUCCAGGAUGUGGUGAGCUGCUUCAUCGAUACUUUCGUAAUCGGAAUUGUCGUUGCAAAAAUGGCGUCGGCCAGAAAAAGAGCGCAGACUAUCGGCUUCAGUAACAGCGCCGUCAUCAACCUCCGCGACGGUCACUUGUGCGUUUCCUGGCGAGUGGGGGAUUUCCGCAGGCAUCACCUGGUGGAGGGGACGGCUCGCGCUCAGAUCGUACGCUCCACAGUCCAUGCCACCGGCAAAAUGGAUGUGAUCUACGAAGACCUGGUCAUCCAGCAGAGGGAAAUCGCAUUGGUCACGCCGACGACCAUCUGCCACAGGAUCGACUCCGACAGCCCGCUUUACCAGAUGAGCUUAGUGGAUCUGCGCAGCGCCGCCUUUGAGCUGGUGGUGUCGUUCACCUACACCGACGACACCACUGGGAUCCUGCAUCAGACUCGGACCUCGUACACUCCUGACGAGAUCCUGUGGGGUCAGCUGUUCCAGGAGAUGAUCCGGGUGGGCCGCAGGUCCUACAGAGUGGACUACAGUCUGUUUAACCAGACCGCCAAAGUCCUGGUUCCUGUCGUCAGCGCCGAGGAGUAUGACCGCAAGAAGCAGCUCCGGCCUUCGCCUCGGAACUCGCCGCGACACUCGCCCGGAUCUUCCCCUCGGCUCUCGUCAAGACCGCAGCAUCAAUGCGAAAACCUCCUGAAACCACCGACGGUAACGGUGGAGCUGGUGUACGACAGAGAAAACAAACCUGUGGACGCGGUGGCGCCGCCGGACAAGUUCACGACUAGAGAACUGUAAAAGCAGCUGCGACGUCCGACAGAAAACCUGCGAUUUUCAAAGGAGAUGUUGAAGCAGAACCAUUUAAAGCGGGGCAGUUUGAAGGGUUUGGAAUCACUAGGGCCCUGACGAUAGGAUGAUAGAAAUACAUCCCAUGAUAUCACAGAAAUACAUCCCAUAGUAUCAUAGAAAUACAUCCCAUAGUAUCACAGAAAUACAUCCCAUAGUAUCAUAGAAAUACAUCCCAUAGUAUCAUAGAAAUACAU